AUGACUUCGGAAUCUACUCGGAACAACGGAGGGCCGGUACAAAGGCCGUGUGGUAACUGCCGCCUCUCGAAACUUUUAAUACUGGUUCUCUUCAUGCUCUAUGCAAUGUGCCAAGUUCAGAUUCUUGUUAACAGAGCGGGUUCCCACAAUGUUGCGCAUAUUUUGCGCGAAAUUCAACUGGCUGACGAACGCAUUACAGACGUAGAGUUGUCAUUAAUCGAAGUGGAGAGCAAAUUGGAUUUUGUUCUCGCUGAUUGGAGUAAAAAGUCUGCUGUCCAUAGCAGAACGAAGAGACAGAGUCGUUCUGCAUCUCGUCUCGAAAUUCAGCGGUUGAAACGACAAUUGAGGCAUUUAGAACGCAGGUAUGACAAUCGAAUGUUUGAU